UGACUGUGACUUCAUCAGUGAAAUGGAAUCUGUCAAUGCCGUUUAUCUUUUGUGUUAUUUUCUCAGAUAACGGUAUAUUUUAGACAGUUAUAAGUGACUGCUACUCAACAAGGAUUACACCUGCAUUUCGUGGACCUACCUGUCAUUUUGUCAGUGAGUCAGCCCGAUGAGUUCAUCAGUUGACGAAACUAAUCAAGGAUUAUAACAGAAGAACACUUACAUGUAUUUGUAACAGGAUUUAUUUCAACGUAGAACAAUGGCGUCGGGAAGGCCAGUACCAGCACCAAGAGUUGGGAGGAAUCCUCUACCCCCUCGACGCAACCCUCAUGGUCCGCCACCACCUAUCCCAGGAAAACCUCACGGACCCCCACCACCUUUACCUGGAAGCGGUGGUAUGAUUCCCAUGACUUCAAUGGGUAUGGGAUACAUGCCAGGUCAAGAGAAACCUCUUCCACCAAUUGAUGCUCGAGCUAAAACAGUUUUAAAGGAAGCUGUGGAUGCAGUUGUCAACAGUUUUGCUAAACACACGCACGGCUAUGGUCGAGUAAAUGUUGUGGAAGCUUUACAAGAAUUUUGGCAGAUGAAAUUGGAACGAGGUGCUGAUUUAAAGAAUGGUGCAUUAGUGGCGUAUGAAUCUCUACCAUCAAAUAGUCCACCAUAUGUGUGUUUUGUCACAUUACCUGGUGGAAGCUGUUUUGGAAGUUUUCAGAAUUGUAAUACAAAAGCCGAAGCAAGAAGAAGUGCUGCUAAAAUAGCUCUGAUGAAUUCUGUAUUUAAUGAGCAUCCGUCUAGAAAAAUAACAGAUGAAUUUGUGGAAAAGGCUAUUGGAGAUGCACAGGGGUCAUUUAAUGGUGGUUUAGAAGACCAUGAUAAUCCUAGCACAGGAAUCGGAGCGUUUAAAUUCAUGUUAGAAGCCAACAAGGGUAGAACAAUGCUAGAAUUUCAAGAAUUAAUGACAGUAUUUCAACUGCUGCACUGGAAUGGAAGUUUAAAAGCGAUGAGAGAACGGAACUGUUCGCGACAAGAAGUAUUAGCACAUUAUUCUCACAGAGCUUUAGACGACGAUAUGCGAUCACAGAUGGCGCUGGAUUGGAUAGCUCGUGAACAAGAACAUCCGCACAUAAUUAGUCGGGAAUUACAGAUCGCGGAACAGGAACUAGAAACGGCUAGAAUGUCUGGUCGUGAGUUACGUGUUUAUAAAGAGAAAAGAGACAUAUUAGUGCUGAGUUUGAGUCAAAUUGUACCAACGGAAAGUUUGGCAUGAGUCAAAUUGUACCAACGGAAAAUUUAGCAUGAGUCAAAUUGUACCAACAGAAUGUUCAGUGUAAAUGUAAAUGUUUUGUAACUGGUGUGAGCUUUAAUAACUUCUAAAUCGGAGACAAAUAGAAAAAUAUUAAAGAAGACAAAUUAUAGCCCAAUUAUAUUUACUAUUAUUCUGAGGGAGUUCAAGAAGUUGCCAGGCAAUUUGUUGAAUAUAAACUAAUUUUAAUAAAAAAUAUUGCCAAAUGGCUAAUUUGAUGGGAAAAAAAAAAUUUUCUUAAUGAUUUUCAUCCUAGCUAUAGUGUUAAUAUGAUAUUAUUGUAUAUAAACUGCGAGACGUAGAAACCGUUAAUUACGAUGAUUCAAACUAUAUUCUCUG